AUGGUGGUUGCCAGAGACGGGGAGAAGGAAAUGGGGAGUUGCGAAUAUAUGGGCAUGGUUUCAAUCACGCCAAAUGAAUCAGUUCUGCAGAUCUGCUGUACAACACAGUGCGUGCCGACAGUUAGUAAUACUGGACUGUACAUUAUCCGUGAGGACUACGUUCCAAGACCCCCAGUGGAUGCCCAAAACCGCAAAGAAUAUAGAACCCUGUUCCAAGUUGGCCCUUGGGACAACAGGGGUCUGAACUGUGCAGGGUGUCACAGUUCAAACUCAGGUUCAACUGGUUUGAUAACAUUCAGCGGCGUAGAAUUUGCUCUCUUCUUAAAAAACUUCCAAUCCUGCAUCAGCUCUGGAAUGGACACAGCUUCUACUAUUGCUUUGGGACUUGUGGAAACUCAGAUUGAAGUGAGUAGUGAACACAGUAUGGACAAGACAAUGGUUGAAUUUGUUAUGAUGGGUCGGGAACUGAACCAUUAUGCAAAGGCUGUGCAUUGCAUGCAUCAUGUAAAAGAAGAGUAUCCAGAAAAAAUACCAGAUCUGGAUCUAAAAUUAUUAGUGGAGAAGAAAUUUUUGGCUUUACAGAAUAAAAAUUCUGGUGCAGACUUUCAAAAUAAUGAAAAAUUUCUACAGUUUAAACAACAGCUGAAAGAACUAAAGAAGCAAUGUAGGUCAGUAUGCUUUGCUUUGCUUUGGUUUUUUGAAAUUAGGGAACUGACUUGA